AUGGGCUGGAACUAUGGAUCCUGGCGCCUCGAUGAUUUUAACCUCAAGCAGCAGCACCAACAGCAGCAACAUCAUCCCCAGCAGCAUCGCAAGUCUCAGCCUUUUAGCUUUUAUGCACGCGACUACUACUACCAACAGCAACAGCAGCAGCAGCAACAGCAACAACAACACAGUUCCCUAAGCAACGGCAGCAUGCGACAUCAGCAACAGCACAGACGACACCAGCAGGAGCAGCAACUACAGUCGAUCAUCAUUGACGAGAGCGACGACAAUGAUAUAGAUGAGGAGCAUCAGCAGCAGAUGAGGCUGAAUUUCGAACGCUAUAUGGAGCAGCUGAAGCAGUUCGCGCCCUACGAUCACCAAGAAACUUUGUGCAAUAGCAACACCAAUAAUAGUAACACAAACAAAAACAAUAACAGCAGCAACAACAGCGAUCCCACAAAUGCCAAUCAAAUGGAAGCUACUACAACUACUACUAAUAGUAACGAUAAUGCUAAUAAUAAUAAUAGUUAUGCUAACAGUACUAGGAAUUACAACAAAAGGCAGCCGUAAGCAGAAGCAACAAGGAGAAGCAACAUGCAACAACAACCAAUUGAUACUCAAAGAAACAAUUUUACCGAAUAAGAUCCUUGAAACAAUGUUGAAACAGUUUAUGGGUAAGCCAAAUUAAUUUGUCAAUUAUGUAGGCGAAAAGGAGGAAUCAAGCCAGCUGCGUAGAAACGAAAAAGGAAUCUAAUGCUGAUCUGUGCAGGAAGCAACAUACAUAUAUUGUCAUGGUUUCAACUAGAUACGGAUGUUGCAGUUGCAACCGUCGCACAAGCCCACAUCCACACGCACUUUAUACCGUAUAGUAAGAGAAUUUAUUCUUAAUGAAAUUUUAAUUGUAAAGCUAAAAGGGUUUCCAAGGCAGCUAGGACGAGGGUUGAUAAUAAUCUGGAAAGUAAAAUUAAAGAAGAAAAAAGGUUUUAAUAAGUAGCACUCAAAUAUUUACAAGUAAAAAACAAGAGAAGAUACUAUAAAGUAUACUAAUUGUAUUUCAACAACUACUCCUAUGUGGAAUUACAAAUUUUACAAACAAUUAAAAUCGUUGGACCUGUCAGACAUUUGUGCCAAAAUCUCUCUUGGUGGUAGUGCCAACAUCCUUGGCUGCACUCCCUCUCUUUGCACCUGUUCGUUGUUGCAUUUAACACUAAUAUGUGCACUCAGACACUCACAAACAUACGCACACAAACACCCACAAAGAAAACACACACUAACCCACCCCGAAGCCACUCUGAUACUCUAGAAAAGUUAGGAGCGAACUUUGAAGACAUUUUAAACAAGAGAUUUCUAUGCUGCUAACCAUUUAAAUGUUUUAAAUAAAUGUAUAAUUAAUUACGAUUACGAUAAUUGUCGUUUUGGUGUUAAAAACACGAACACAACAACCCAACCAGAAUAACAAAAAGAAUAACAAGAAAUGUAAAAUAGUAUAACAGAAGUAUACAGUUUAAUCAAUAUUUAUAACGAAGAGACAAGUAAUAAUAUUCAAUUGAAAUUUCUCUGCAUACAUGUAUCUAUAUCUAUGAUGUACAAAUCUGUGCGUUUGUCGAUGAUAAUGGACCUUUGAAGACAUGCCCUAAUCUUAGAAAUGCAGUUUUAAACUAAUCUAAUCCGAGCUAAACUAAUUCGCUGAUUACGGAUACUAAACUAAUGUUAAUUUAUUUACAACCAUUUUUAAAAAGUGUGCGAAUGAGUCUCGAACAGAGCGAUUGUGGUUGAUCCAAUCCGAUCUGAUGUAUUAUAGUUAGCGAGCGAUCCUCACCGAUCCAGAUCCAGUUGGAUCAGUGCAUGUGGCCGAGUUUGUUAUCCAGUCUAUAAAAAAAAUCUAUUAAAGACGCAGUUAAGGCGUGAGUUAAUCUUAAUUUUUACAGACUCCUCUUACGGUGUAAAUAUGAUUGAUGAUUCUCCCACGAUUUCUGCUAGUUAAUGUACAUUUAAAACAGUUUUUUUUAUAAUUUGUUGUUGUAAAUUGAUUGCCAAAUCCCGAAAUAUUGGUGCGCACACAAACACACAGACAUAUGCAUCUAUGCAAAAAAAAAAAGAAAUAAGAAAACUAAAAAAUAAAACACAAAAAAAAGCGAACACGCAACACACGUCUAUUUGCCUAAAGAAUUAAUGCAUAAUUCUAUUAAAUAUAUAUAGUUACAUAUAGUUAUAUACACAUAUAUUCAUAAUAUUUAUUUGUUCUACUUUUUAACAUGAAAUGUUUAGUAAUUAAAUUUACAUUAUUAAUAAUUCUACAUGAAAUACUGCCCCUGACUUAAUGUUUGUUUAAUGUUUAUUUUUAACGCUGUUUUGUUAAACAAAAAUUUAAGAAAUUUAUCUAUAUAUGAUGUGAUAACUAUAGUAAAACUAAAAACCACACUCAUACACACAUACACACCCACAAAAACACACAUACACACACACACACAUUACAAAUUGAAAUUAUGUUAAUUAAGCAGGAGAAUAGAGAGAGUUGAAGUUUUUAUAAAAACGCAAGAAAGUAAUCAUUAAUUUGUGUGGUAUGCAAAAUGGUGCUAAAUCCAAAUAUACUUUAAAGUAUAAUGAGUAGGACGAGAAGGGAGAAAUACAAAGGGAGUGGGAAUGGAGCAAAACCAGCAAAAGGAGAAGACAGCUUUCUUUGAAUCGUAUCGUAUGUGCAAUAUGACUAGUUUUCGUUUAAGGAACAGGAAGUUGACGAGACCACGCAAAAGCAAACCAUUUAAAUUAUUCAUAGCAAAAUAAAUGAAGAAAAAAAAACACAAAAAACAAAAAUAAUAAAUUGGAAAAAUAUGUGUAAAUAGAGAGCGGUGCUGGACCCACAUUUAAAUAUGUUUGUGGUAAGCGCCAUUUAGAUAUUCUCCAAAUUUCACAAAAUGGGGUAAAACAAGGAUAUAUGAAUGCAAAUAUAUGGGGGAAAACACCGCUAGAAAACUAAAUAAAUGUUAGCAUAUCACUAUAAAUAUGAUUAUAAAUAAAUAUAAAAAUCUGAUAUAGCAGCAGACAAAAGAGCAGUUAGUUAAUGAGAACUUUUCGCUACAAUUUCUGUGUCUAUUUACAAAUAAUUGUCAUAAAGCUUAUCAAUUAUCGAACACACCACCCACACCCCACCACCCACAAUCCACAACCAAACACAUACACAAGCCCACAAAAUACACUGUCUUAUUUAUUUUUGUGCCUUUUUGAACCGUUUUGACUUCUGCCCUUGAUUUGGAUUUUGACUUUGACUUUGUUUAACCAAUUUUAACAGCAUUUUUGCAGUCGAUGAAGAGAUGUUGAAGUUUUAAUUUUAAUGACGUGCUAGUUUCAAUGUAAACUUAGUUUAAUCUAAUUUUUGUAUUAAUAAAUGCAAUACAAACUAUUUUUAGUUUUAUUUAUAAACAAAACAACAACAGCGGCAGCAACAACAAGAAAGUUAAAAACAAAAAUAUAUAAAAUAGAAAAGCGCAGAAAAAAAAAUGGAAUCAGUUUAAUUAACGUUAAGCAAAUUGAAGCAAGUCCACAAAAUGCUUGCAGCAUUUGUUACAAUUUAUAUAUAUACAUAUAAAUAUAUAUUACAAUAUUUUUUAAAACGAUUUUUAAUAAACAUUCUAUCUAUUAUGGCAGCCUUUCAAUGAAAGAGAUUGAAUUACUAAAAAAAUAUAAACCGUAAUAAAACAUAUAUAACAUUAACUGAAGAACAGGCAGACGAACCAAUCUCACACCCAGAAACCCUCACUGACAGACGCAACACACACACACGAUUUAAACAAAAACAAAAGAAUCAAAACUAAAUCAAAUAAAUUGAAUUUUAUGGAAACAAAA